GAAGGGCCACUGGGAGCAGUACUGCCAACAUCAUCGUCAGUCCCGGUAGCUCUUGGCGGUGAACCAGCAGUAGCAACAGUGCCAUCAACUUCUUGCGCUCCAGCCGCUGCUGUAGGAGUGGAAUGUGCAUCGAGUCAUCUGCUCUCCUGUUCACCAUGUUCAUCGGAAUCAGCACCGGCUUCACUCACACCAUUCAUAUCCGGCAUCAAUAGCCCAGCUGUCAGUGCACCAACGAUCAUCGGAAGACCAGAAAGUGCUGCAUCAGCGCAGCAAACUCCGUAUGUUCAUGUUUUUCACUAUGUAUUAAGGGAGACGAGUGAUUAA